UACUUAUCUCGAUUCCUCUUUGACCCUACAAUGCAUUGGUCCACAUCGGAUCCGCAGCUCAUUGCUCAUUUUCGUCACAAGCGGGCCAAUGCCCCAUAUCCAGGAUAAACACUACCCCAUCAUGGACAAUGACUACAUAGUACAUUAUACGGCAGGAUUCGUGUCUAUGGCCGCUAAUAAACACACCCAACCGUUUGCAACAUGGGAGAUGAUACAUGGCAAGCUGCCCUGGGAGAGGGCAUUUGCGCGGGAGACUAGGACGUUAGAAGCCAAUGGCAACGAGCCGACUUCGGGCGACCUGGACCGUAUCGUCGAGGUUUCCACGGUUUCCCCACGGCCCGACCGAAGAACUCGACUUCGGCAGUGCAGAUGGUCCACAAAUAUCCCGGGCAGGUAUCCAUUGACCCUCUGCUCGAGCACUGGCCGAUAUUGCGCUUGCUAUGCGCAUAUUGAUAUGCAAUUUCCGUCAUUUGCCAAGGAUUCAGUGAUUAUAGGUGGAUAUGCUAAUUUGAAUCUGCUGGAGACUACCCAGGGCGAACUGCCCUAUAAGUAUUACGACCUGCCAUCCUGUCUCUGCGAUGAGACAGCCGCUGCGCUGAUGGUUGACCCAUCUCUGUCUGUGAACCAGACUUUGACCAUGUCCAUCGGGUGUAUUUCAUUCGAUUGCUGCUCCUGGGCGUGGAGAUCUGCUUUUGCAACUCUAGCUAUGGGGGGUAUUUGGGAGGCGAAUUAUGUGUUCGAGGUUGAUUGCGGGAAGACCAAGGGGGCCAUCAUGCAUUCCCCGUAG